AUGGUAGAUGGUGAGGCAGCCUCAAGUCCUAGGCAAUCAGAUAAGGGUUCUGAGGCUCAACAACAAUCAACAAUAGAUAAAGAUUAUUGUUCUUCGAAGAAGUCAAAGAAGAAGUCGAAGAAGAAGUCUUCGAAGAAGUCGAAGAAGAAGUCUUCGAAGAAGUCGAAGAAGAAGUCUUCGAAGAAGUCAAAGAAGAAGUCUUCGAAGAAGUCGAAGAAGAAGUCGAAGAAGAAGAAGUCGAAGAAGAAGUCGAAGAAGAAGAAGUCGAAGAAGAAGUCGAAGAAGAAGAAGUCGAAGAAGAAAAAGUCGAAGUCGAAGAAGAAGAAGUCGAAGUCGAAGAAGAAGAAGUCGAAGAAGUCGAAGUCGAAGAAGUCGAAGUUGAAGAAGUCGAAGAAGUCGAAGAAGAAGAAGAAGAAGUCGAAGUCGAAGAAGUCGAAGUCGAAGAAGAAGAAGUCGAACGUUGUUGCUAGGUUGGAGAAGGUAUCCAAAAGUUCUAAAUUUGUCGAGAAGCGUAAGAAACUGCUUAAGUUAACUGAAAAAGGCUUCAGAGAGGGAUUUGAUUGUCCUUCUAAACUCCGAAGAGGUUUCAAAAAAUUACAGCACCUGCUAUUGUAUGUUUAUUUCGAUGCAUUAGUUGCUGCAAUUAUUUCAUAA